AUGGCUUCAAACUCAACGAGACUAAAAGUAUGGGAAGAGAACUGUCCGGUGUUGAAAGAUACGCGAUUUCAGAGAAAAUAUCAGGUACUCGAAGAUAUUAUAGGCGAAGGCUCAUUCGGAACGGUCAUUCGAGCGAAAUGCCGAGCAACUCAAACAAAUCGAGCGAUUAAAGCGAUACGAAGGAUAGAAAAAGUGAACAUGUUGUCGAUUGAGCUGGAAUUAUUAUCAGAACUCGGAGGACACUUCAAUAUCGUUAAACUCUAUGAAUUUUUCCAUUUCAAUGGAUCAGUAGCACUCGUUCUCGAAUAUUUUCCACAUUGUUCAGCGAAUGAGCUCCUAUACCGAACGAAACAAGAUUUGUCAUUUGGAUUGAAAUAUAUUGAAAAUCUUCUUUCCGCUGUCGCAUAUCUCCAUCACAAUGGAUACGUGCAUCGUGACGUCAAACUAUCCAAUUUCCUGUAUUCUCCGCAGACAAAUAAAUUCCGUCUCGUCGAUUUCGGACUUGCCACAAAUGACCGAUCGAAAAAUGAGAAUUCUAGAAAGAAUAACGUCGCCGCUUUGAACAAAGAUCCUCCAUGUACCACGUGUAAUGGUUCAUCCACUCCUUGUAUGUUUUGCAAAAAUAGACCGAAACGAGAGAUAUAUCAUAUUGUAGGAACCCCUGGCGUCCGUGCUCCUGAACUCCUUUUCGGUGUUGGUUUAUGCAAUACGGCAGUUGAUGUUUUCUCGUGUGGAAUUGUUCUUUUAUCACUAAUCUGUGUGAAACAUCCAUUUUUCACGCCAAAAGACGAGACUGAAAAUAUUUAUGACUUGGCGUUUCUUCUCGGAUCAAAAACUAUUGAAGAUAUGGCAAAAAAUGAAGGACUGCGAGUAACACUAUCCGAGAAACUUCCACCAGUCGACUACUAUAAAUUAGUAAUGUCUCUACGAUACGGUUUCAAUUAUGUUAGCAAGAAUAUUCUGCCCGCAGCUCCGUGUAAAAUGUGCUACAACCGAUCUUACAAUAAUUCGAAGGGUGUUUGCUUUUGCCGAACAGACUACGAGACGAAUAUGUACGCCACGGGAGAACACAAAAUCGGAAAAAAGGACGAUGAAUUGAUGACAGUAUAUGUGGAUUUACUCUAUCGAUCACUUGAAGCCGAUCGAUUCAAACGAUACAAUGCAGAUCAACUUUUAUGCAUAAUCGAUACAUACCGUACUCGUGCCGCCUACGUAGCAAAACCAAUUGAAAAUGAUGAUUAG